AUCUGGGUAGAAACGUCACUAGGAGAGAGAUCUGUAGAAACUGGUUUUUGGUCCUAAGCCGACACAAACACAUGACAGCUGUGAUCUGAGACAAAAUGUCCAUCACAACCUGCCAGAAGGUAACACUGCUGUCCUGCUCAGUUCUCUGUGUCUCUCUGUUCCUGCCCAGGAUGAUUUUACCCCGAGGGAAACAGGAGAUGGAGCCUCCUGAGGUUGGACCUGGGUUCUACCCUCAAGUCAUGCAUCGGUUGCAGCUUCCAGAAGACCUAAAUGAUGACGACAUGCCCAAACAUGGGGCUUUGGACCCUUUGUACUCCAUGACCCACAGCGCAGAGGUCAGGGCCAAAGUCAAAGUCUUAGGACGAGGCGGAAAAUCCAACCUGAUGUCUCAGGUUAUCCCCAUAUAUGGCUUUGGAAUCCUUCUCUACAUCAUCUUCAUUAUUUCCAAGUUAACAUGUAAGAAGACGACGACCAAAACUAACUCUGGCACAGUCUUCAACACACCAGUCCAGAACAGAUGUACCACCAAAUAUGACCUCACUGAGCUUCAGGAGAAGGUUCUAGAGACAGAGGCAAAGAUGGAGAGGAUUGUCUCAGGAAAGAGCAUGUUUGUGCUGCUCUCUACUGGCAGAAAGAGGAAAAGUAAAAUGUCUACCUCAAAAAAGGAGGAGAAAUUACUCAGACAACUUCAACAGUUCAAGCUGUUGAUGCAAGAAGGUCAGCUGGAGGGAGCCUCUCCAGAGAAGGAGGCCGAGGAGGUGCCAUACUGUGCUGACUGGGAAGGCUACCCUGAAGAGGCGUACCCGGAAUACGAUGAGCCAGAACAGAGGCUCGAAUAUGAGAUAGUGAGAGUGGGAAAAAUCUGCAAGCAGCCCACAGCUGAGGCCUUGGCUGAGAGGAUGGAACAGGUCGAGGAGGAGGUCGUGGCGAGGAAGCUGUUCGUAGUGCAGGAGGAAAAUGAGGAGGACGAUGAAGUGGACGAUGAAGUGGACGAUGAAGUGGAUGAUGAAGAAGCAGAAGAUGAAUUGGAGGUUGAGGAUGAAGACAAAGCAAAGCAAGCUGAGGAAAACAUGGGAGAUGAUGAAGAGGAGAACGAUGAUGAGGAGGAGACAGACACAGAAAGGCGUGUGUUACUAAGUCCUCGUUUAUCACGCCCUGCUGAGGAGAGAACACAGGAGAGACUGGGUCUGGAAGUGAGUAAAGAAAUACAGGGUCAGAGGGGAGGGAAGAAGAUCAGCUUUAGUGAACACCAGGAUGUGUUCCGUUACCCCAGAGAGGGAGCGCAUGAGCUUCAACGGGACGAGGAAGAGGAGGAAGAUGAGGUGGUAGAUGUAGAUGAAGUGGAGGAAGAUGAAGAAGAGGAGGAGGAAACAGAGGUAGAUGAAGAAGAGGAGGAAGCUGAUGAAGAUGACCCAGUGAUGGAAGCAGAGGGUCUGUUGUUCAGGAGUGAUAGUUGCCUCAAUCCUGAGGAAGAAGCAGAGGAAGACGAGGAAGAGUACCUGUUGGCAUCACCUGUAGGUGGCAGUGGCUCACACGCAGACAUAACAGGAGAAGUCGGAGUGAGUGGCCUGAGAAUGAGGAACAGGAGAGAGAAGUGAAGUUUCUUCCAAAACUAAACUGUUGUCCUUCACACUAGGGGUUUAGAGGGGUUCAUUUUUCCUCUUUUGGGUGAAUUGAAAAAUAUUAUU